AUGGCAGGCAAGCACGAUAUGACCCUGGCACAGAAGCUGUCGGGCUUCAUCACAAGGCAUGGCUCUUCCAAGAGCAAAAGGGCCCCAGGAACGGCCGCCGACGACGGUCACGAGGCGAGCUCCGUCUUCAGUUUCAAGCGACAGAAGAAAACCCCAUCUCCAGAGAGCAUCGUUGAAUACAAGCCCCUAGAGGUUGACUUGAACCAGCUGAAGUCCCUUGGUCUCUCCGAGGGCUGGCUGGAGAAGCCCACACCACCAAAUGCGGAUCACGACCAGGAGCGGCCACCGCCUCCAGCGCCAGCAGACAACACAACAACGCCGAUAGCAAGCCUAUUCGAGAGCAAGUCAGUCCUCAAUCUGCUGGGCUCAGAACAGCUCAGCCGUUCUGGCUCAGAGAACCAUGCUGGCAAUGACACACGACCUUUCUCCAUGGUCGAGACCCACAAUGUCGCCUACAGCCGCCGAUCAGCAGAUCUCGGUUCAACCCGUGAUUCCCAGGCUUCGGGGAGCAUUCUGGACCGCGGACGGCCUAUUGAGCCCACGAGCUUCGUGACGGAUCAAGUGAGGAAGCCCAAGAGCUUGCGGCAAGAGCACUCGCCACAUAACAACAUCACCGCUGCCGAAAAGACUACGACCCCAGUGACAGUCUCUCGGAAACCAUUACGCAGCGAGGUUAGCCCCAUUACGCCGAAGCUCAGUGUGCCCUCCCAAUUACGGCCGCGGGAACGAGCAAUCGUGGAUACCAGCAACCGCCACUCCAUGCAUGCGGUAGCCACCUCACCGUCUGAUCCUGUAGCCGCUGCAAAGACGACUGUCCCGGGGUCGAGGAGCGCAUCGGCCAUGCCAUUGGGUCGAAUCCAAGCCUGGCAAAAGUCGGUCACUUCAGCACCAAGUUCCCGUUCAACGACAGGUUCGGCUUCGAACCCAGCGGUCCCGUCAACAGGAACCAUUCCAGCCCGAAAGGCGUCGACACGAGGAGUUGGCAACCGUCUAGCCUGGAUCAGAGAGCUCGAAGAGAAGAAGUCGAGCGAGGCGAACAAGGACCUGGGCGUCCUCAAGAAGCAAGCCGGCAGCGUAUCGGACAGACUGGCCAUGUUCGAAAGCAAGCAGGGCCGAGGUCCGUCCCCGGUACUGCCGUCGCGUCUGCCACCGCUCAGCAGGACCAACUCGACCACGAGUCGCCUGUCGUCGGUGGCUCUGGAGUCCGGGUCUUCCGUCAACGGCAAUACUACCAGCACCCCACGCACGUCGAUAGACACGGCGCGGUCCAGUCACCGAACCUCCUCUGUCAUGGACAACUACGACGACUCGUUUCGCGAGAAGAUGGAGUGCCUCGUGGGCGACUUCACCGCCGACAAGGACAAGCCUGACGCCCAGCAGGAGAAGCAGCGGGGUACGAAUCAGUCUGUUCCGGUGGGUGCAGAGAAGGCGGCAGUGAAGGAGCCUCUGCCCGCCCAACCGGAAGCGGACGCUUCAGAUGCCAAGCCGGAGAAGGAGGAGAAGGAGGUUCAAUCUCCCCCUACGGAACCAGAGACUGCCGAUGUGGAGACAGAGAAGGAAGAGAAGGUAGUGGAAGAACCGCAGCCUUCUCGGCCCACACCAGUGACCCCCAAGAUCACCCUAGAGGAGGAAGAGAAGGCAGUGCAAGAGCCGCAGUCUUCCCAAUCAGAGCCAGUCACCCCCAAAGCCGACCUAGAGAUGGAAAAGAAGGCAGAGGAAGAGACGCAGUCUCCACAAACAAAGGCAGCCACCCCAAAAGCGGACCUAGAGAUGGAACAGAAGGCAGAGGAGCAGCCGCAGUCUUCCCUACCUGAAUCAGUGACUCCCGAGAUCGUCAUUGAGAAGGAUGAUGAGAAAGCGGCCGAGAUGGAGGAAGAAAAGGAGCCUCGAGCAACAAUUGCCGAGAUCGAUUCAGACAAGAAAGAGGCGGAUCCUAAGCCACCGCAAUCAGAAGAGGCUUCUGAUAUGAUCCCAGAGAAGGCAGAGAAGGAGCAAGAGCUUCCCCAAGCAGAGACAACCCCCGAGGUCCUCGCGGAUCACGAGGCUCAGAGUGAUGAUAUCCCAGGUGUGGAGGUUUCGAGCUAA